AUGACCGCAGCAGCACUGAUAGUCCUGCUACUCCUUCUGGCCAUCCAUUUCGUGAGCAGCUGCUCCAUUAGAGAUGAGUACUCCAAUCUAAUAUCUAAUGGCUUGGAUCAAAAUGGCCAAACCCAGAUCUUAAAACUAAAUAAUAUGGUAACAACUGUGACUUGCGAACCGAUUUAUGACUUCAGGCCUUGCACCACAAAGGUUUGGGGAAACCUUUUCCUCUUUGUGGUCUAUGAGUACUUGCUAUCCCUCGCAGACAAAUACAUUUCCAGUGGAUCCAACCUUUUCUUUCAAAUGUUCGGAACCGGUAUAUUUGGUGGCAGUUUUUCUGUGCGGUUGCUAAAUUCCCACAAAUUGCAUUGGUUCUUGUUUGGUCAGGAACGGCUUGAAAAAAAUAAAGUUCUUUUUCAGCGACCUUGCUCUCAGCCCGUAAAGAUGUCGUUGGAUCGAUCAGCAGUAUCAAUGUCAAUGGGGUUUCUUGCAGGCUCAACAAUGAUGAGCCUAGCAAUAAUCUGGGGUUCUGUCAUUGCUUUUGGAAGCUAUGAUCUUCGACCGACUCCUUCCACAAACCUGGAAAACAAAAAGUCAUUCCUUUCCGAUGGUCUUUCCUAUCAAUCUUCUUGA